GCAGCUCUGAUAAAGAUGCUGCGUAUAUUCUGGGAAGAGCCAAACCUCCUCCACACCCCGUCAGCUCUGAGCUUGAUCCCUCCAGCAGCCACCAUGGUUAAGGAAGUGAAAGAUUUGGACGAGUUCAGGCUCCUGUUGAAGGAAGCCGGAAGCAAGCUGGUGGUCGUGGACUUCACGGCCACCUGGUGCGGCCCCUGCAGGAUGAUCGGACCCGAGUUUGUAAAACUGUCAGAAAAACCUGAGAACAGUAACGUGGUUUUCCUGAAGGUGGACGUGGAUAAAGCUCCGGAUGUGAGUUCAUCCUGCGGGAUUAAAUGUAUGCCCACGUUCCAUUUUUACAAGAAUGGAGAGAAGGUGGACGAGUUCUCCGGCGCCGACCUACAAACACUGACCAAGAAAGUGGAAGCUUUGAGAUCUUAAAUUCCCACCAACCAUCCACAUGUUUCCCUCUUCAAACUAAAGAAAGUAAAAUUUCAUUUCAUGCACAAUAACAAUCAGGUUAUUCUCUUCCUCCUCUCAUGUAUCGACUGAACAACUCGUUGAAAUAUAAUUAAAACCUGAUGACUGCUUAUAAGAGAAAAUGGUUUUGCUCCCAAGAAAGUCUGAACUUUUCUUUGUAUGUUGUGUUUUCAUGAAGGUGGAUUUAAUAAAUGAAGAUGAGAAA